AUGGCCAUAACAUGCCCAUACCGACCUAGCCAUGCGGACCCCAUCGCCCACGUGGAGAUUUCUGUGUGCGAACAAAGAUUGCUGGAAAACAUGGAAGGUGGUGUUGCGUAUGAGAAUGAUCUAAACCUCAAGGCAACCGAGCUUAGAUUGGGGUUGCCAGGGACGGACUGUACUAAAGAAGAACAAGCAGUAUCUGGUGCUAGAAACAACAAACGUCCAUUGAAGGAGACCAGCGAGGAGUGUAGAGCAAAAGGCAAAUCUGAUGCUCCACAUGAUGACCAAGGAACUGCCACUGCUCCCAAGGCACAGAUAGUAGGCUGGCCACCAAUCCGAUCCUACAGGAAAAACAACCUGCAGCCGAAGAAGGCUGAGGCCGAGGCUGCAGCUGGGAUGUACGUUAAAGUCAGCAUGGAUGGAGCACCAUACCUUAGAAAGAUUGACCUUAAGGUUUACAAUGGAUACCCUGAACUCCUAAAGGCUUUAGAGAACAUGUUCAAGCUCACCAUAGGCGAGUACUCUGAGAGGGAAGGCUACAAAGGAUCAGAAUAUGCACCUACUUAUGAGGACAAAGAUGGUGACUUGAUGCUGGUUGGAGAUGUUCCCUGGGAUAUGUUUUUGUCAUCCUGCAAGAAAUUGAGAAUCAUGAAAGGAUCAGAAGCAAGAGGCUUGGGCUGUGGUUGUGAAACAGAUUUAGACUUUUUGAUGCAGCAUGUGUCCACCUGUUCAGGGAUCAACAGGUUCAUUGCCUACGAGAAAUAUGUCACCUUUCAGUCAGAUUUGGAUGUUCAGGAAAUGUCUAGCAUGAUCUUUUAA